CGGUCAAACGUAGGCCACAACCCAGCAUACGUAUUAAUUCUCUUUUACUUUAUUGUUACAGUCAUCCAACGGAAUCACCCAUCCUUCCUUCUCUCUCUCUCUCUCUCUCUCUCUCUAUUUCAUUUUUGUUUGACUUUACAAUUACCGCGUGUUAAAUUUCAUUUCACCACCUUCUAGAAGCGCACCGUUCGAAGAUUGUACAUCAUCUCCAACGUCAUUUAGCCCUCUCUUCAGGUGACGCCACGUCAUCCCCAUCCACGUGUCGUCAUCACAGCACGCUUUGUUACCUGCGAAAUUACCGUCAAGACCAUUGACCAAAAAGACUGUAAUUGUCGGCUUUAUUAUAUAUUUAUUUUUCAUUUCCUAAAAACUUCGUCCCCAAGGAAAUAGCUCUCACGAGGGACAGGGUCAAGUAUAAAGCGAACGCCCCGUCCGCGAAUUCUGGCACCAGAUUCCAUCUGCCGAACCAUCUGGAAUUUCCGCCAUGAACGAUGUGAGGGAUCAGCAGCGGAAUGCGAAUGAUCUUCAUCAUCAACAUCACCGUCGAGAGGAAAUCCCGGAGCUGGAUUUCGAGAAGUUGGAGGUCGUGACGGCGCUCGGCCGGGGGGCGAAGGGAGUGGUGUUUCUGGCGCGGAAUGCGACGGAGAACGACGGCGAAUGGCUGGCGCUCAAGGUCAUUUCCAGGGCGUUGAUCGAGAGGAAAGCCACGGUCGUAAGUACCGAUGGAUCCGAGUACCGGAGAGUCUGCUUCGAACGGGAGGUUUUGCGUCUGUUUCGGCAUCCUCUGUUGCCGCGAUUGCGCGGCGUUUUGGAUACUCAGAAAGUCGUAGGCUACGCCAUUGAUUAUUGCGCAGGACGAGAUCUUAAUACUCUCCGGAAGAAACAGACCGAGAAGAUGUUCUCCGAUGACGCUAUCAGAUUUUACGCUGCGGAAUUAGUUAUGGCGUUGGAGUAUGUACACAGCUUAGGAAUAGUUUACAGAGAUUUGAAGCCGGAGAACGUCAUGGUUCAACAGAACGGCCAUGUGAUGCUUGUCGAUUUUGAUCUCUCUACAAGGCUCUCUCAGAGAUCUCCUAAAUCGUCUCCUACACCAUCGCCGAAGGUUUCGACGGAAUCCAAAUCGGCGAAGAUGAGGAAGAAGAAGAAGCGAUUCGUUUCAUUUAACCGAUUCUGCAACUCUGGCGUUUCGCCGGAGGACUCGCUGUACCGCCCCGAUCAACGGGCGGAGAAACCUAAAUGGCCGCCGGACGCGUCGGAAUCGGAGAAGUCGAACUCGUUCGUGGGGACGGAGGAGUACGUGGCGCCGGAAAUCGUGGCCGGGAAGGGGCAUGACUUCGCCGUCGACUGGUGGUCCCUCGGCGUUGUUCUGUACGAGAUGCUGUACGGGACGACGCCGUUUAGGGGAUCGAAUCGGAAGGAAACGUUCUACCGGAUUCUGACAAUGUCGCCGGAUCUGUGCGGGGAAGCGACGCCGUUGAGAGACUUAAUCAGGAAACUGCUGGAGAAAGAUCCGGCGAAAAGGAUCGAACUCGACGAGAUCAAGGGCCACAAUUUCUUCAGAGGAACCGAUUGGGAUUUGGUUUUGCAAAUUCCGCGGCCGCCGUCGCUGCCCGGGAUGGAGGCGGCCGCGGAGGACACAGAAGGAAAUAACACAAUUGAUGUGGAGUCCUUUGUCCAAGACGUAUUUUGCAGCCGCGAAUCGGAGAAGAAGAAUCAUAAUAAUGGUGAAGAAGGAAAGGGAUUUAAUCCUAAUUACACGGAGUCUGACAGAUUUCUUGUGUUCUGACCAUUUUUUUAAUAUAUUUUUUUCCUAUAAAACAUUUUUAUAUUCUUCAACCUUUGCUGGCCUAUGCUAUCGUAGUCUGUUUAGAUAUGAAAGAUUAAAUCCAUUAUUUGAAAAUAUUUUAUUUCAAAUAGUGGUUUGCAAGAAAUUAAUCUAUUUUGUUCUAAGUUAAUUGUA